UAAUUCAACAUGGCCACUGAGGAUGAUAUUCGUCUUCAGCAGCUAAUGGAUCGUGAGAUACCUUCCUCACGUCAAGCUCUGAAAGACAGUCACAGGAACCUAGCUGAGCUCGCUAGUUAUUGUGAGGCGAACUACGUGGAUUGCACAGACAAGGCCACCGCACUAGAAGAAACCAAGAAAUAUGCCAUACAGUCUCUAGCUAGCGUAGCUUAUCAGAUAAACAUGUUGGCUACAAAUGUCAUGCAGAUGUUGGAGAUACAGACAGAGCAGUUAGGUCAUAUGGAGUCGAACCUUAAUCAUCUUGAUCAGAGUGUUGGGAAUUAUAAAGAGAAUGUUGCUCGGCGGAAGGUGGGCAGUCUGGCUAUUUCCAAACACUUGACUAAGACGCCACUCAAAGUUGCAGCACCUCUAGAGCCAGAAAAACCACAAAGAUACAAAAGAGUUCCUAUUGACUAUGGGAUACUAGAUGAUAUUGGUCAUGGAGUGAAACCGAACAAUGAUGUUGGUAGAUUAUUUCAAGGAGGAAGAAGAGAAAGCAACACCAGCUUAAGGGUUCUGUUUACAGCAAGUAUCUACGGCAAGUACAGCAAGAGUGAAGUACAUCAUAGUGACUUCUGAUAGUGACUUCUGCUACAGUAGUGUUAGCUUGCAGUGUUAGAUUGCGGUGUUAGAUUGCAGAAUAGUGAUUGCAGUAUGUAACCUGGGCCCUAAGGGUUCUUGUAAACAAACAAAAAAA